GGAGCCAACCGGAGUUCCACAUCAGACCCCGAACUACCGUCCCCAACCGCACUUUAACGGCGAGAAGAAUGAGGGGUUCGGAAACGGCGGUUUGAGGCAUUGUGGUAAUCAUAAUGCAAAUUUGGGGCGUAAAAGGCCUAGAAACUUUUCCAACAGAAAUGUUCCUGCAGAUCAUGCUGAGGCUAGUGGUCAUGUGAAGUUGUAUGUUGCCCAAGUUCCACGAACAGGAACUGAAGAAGCUAUUCGUCCUUUGUUUGAAGUACAUGGAGAUAUUGUUGAGAUUGUAAUAUUAAGGGAUAAACUAACUGGCCAACAACAAGGUAGUUGUUUUGUGAAAUACUCUACCUCCGUUGAAGCAGACAGGGCAAUCAGAGCUUUGGACAACCAGUAUACUUUUCCUGGAGAACUGACUCCUAUCAAUGUGAAAUAUGCUGACAGUGAAAAGGACCGCAUCGGAGUACUUGAAAAAUUGUAUGUUGGUAGCUUGAAUAAAAAUACUACAAAAAGGGAAAUUGAGGAGGUAUUCUCACCUUAUGGUUUUGUUGAGGAUAUUUAUAUCAUACGUGAUGACCUGAAGCAAAGCCGAGGAUCUGCCUUUGUUAAGUAUGCUCGUAGAGAUAUGGCACUGGCAGCAAUCAAAGCAUUGAAUGGAAAUUUUACGAUGAGAGGUUGUGAUCAGCCGUUGAUUGUUCGUCUGGCAGACCCUAAGAAACCCAGGAUUGGUGAACAAAGAAGCAACAAUGUAUCAGGGAGCCCGAGAUUUGGUCAUCCUCCUCAUCCGUUUAGACCUGAACCUCCUCUUGUUCCUCCUGCUGGAGGAUGUUUUCCCAAUAAUCAAUACCCCGGACAACAAAAUUCUUUAUGUUUAGGACCACCAAGGAAUGCUUCCCAAGUGGCAUCCCAUGCCCCUUUUGCUCCUAAUACCACACAGAAACCCUCCCCUCAAAUACAGGAAUCCUCAUCAUCUUUUGCUCAAAUGUCAUCACAACCAAUGAGGUCAACGCAGCAAAUUUGUCAGCCUUCUACACAGACUGAUUUUUCUAAGAUGCAGAAUCAGGUGCUUUGUCAACAGCCCUGGCAAGAUUCACAUCAGCAGCAAAAUUUAAAGGUCCAUGAGAAUACGCCUCCUGCUGCACGUGGUGUUCAAACCUUUAGUGGUACUCCCAACUCGCCUGUGGGGCGUCCAUGCUCUCAGGUAGAAGUUACUUUGGAGUGUGACUGGAGUGAACACACCUGCCCAGACGGUUUCAAAUACUAUUAUAACUGUGUCACCUAUGAAAGCUUGUGGGAGAAGCCAGAGGAGUUUGCCUUGUUUGAGCAACAACUAAAGCAGGAAAAGCUUAAAAAAUCGAACCAUCAGCUUCAUUCUUCAUUAGCAGGUCUCUCUUCUCCAGAAGUGCCGCCUCAGCCAAAUCUCUUCAGUCAAAAACUCGAAGUCCAAUUUUCCUCAGCUGUACGAGUUAGUAUUCAUUCGUACAUAUUCAUAUAUGAGUUGGAUUGUAUGCGACUUCAAUCAAAACCAAGCCCUGUUGUUAGUCCAGCCUGUGUUUAACAAUGUUGUCUUAAGUUGUUAUUAGGAAGGUUAUUUAAGAUAUUUUGAAGUUUACCGGCAACUAACAUUGAGCCUUUAAUGUCUAGUCAGUACAGUGUGAUUUAGGAUGGUAACAAAGACUACAUGUUAGCUGUUCGAUUCAUAACCAAGACGAUUUUAAAUUGCUUGUGUAAAGCUGAUGUACUGUAUAGUCUAUUGGGUAUCUCAAUGGCGCUGUACCUGUUGGUGUAUUUAUAUGUAUAUGAAAGAAUAGGGCUGAGCUUGCAUGUGCUUCGAUGGAGUUGCUGCUCUAAACGGGAUUCUUCUUGGAUGAGAAAUCAGCUUUAAGGAGAUCAGGGAUUAAGUGUGCUAUUGAGACUUGAUAAAGGAAAUUUAUUAGUUUAUCUUGUAUCUUUUUUUGUUAAUAGAGUAUUUUGUAGUUGAUCCUUGAUUUUAUUUGUUACGUUUUUCUAUCUUCUAGACACUUUGAACUUUAUAACUUCAUCUUCUUUGAAGAAUUAUAAAGGGGUUCAAAGAUAUUACCAUCGUAUGUACGUGGAAGGGUUCAAAUGUUAGAUCUUUGGUCGAAGUACACACUAUGAAGAAGCAUUCAAACAUUGGAUUUAUUAAUCAGGUGCCUCUAUUAUUAUUGUUUUUGUAGACAGACAAUUGGAUAUGGAGAUUGGUUCCCCAUCAACUGUUUAUUUGACACCAUUUUUUUGUGAAAAUAUUUAAGGUCAUUUAAUUAUUGAAUACUUGGUACCACUUAUACAUUCACUUGAUCCCUUAAAUAUUGAA